CAUGGCGGGUGUUGGUGAUCAAAGUGAUUCGUCAAAUCUCAACAAAUCAAGUUUAAAAGAAAAACCUGACUCACASCCAGAAAAAGGAAAGGAGUUUGGACGUCAGGAAUCAGCUGGGAAACAAGGUUCACACUCAGGAAAGAAAGGUAAGCAGAAAAACAAGGGAGACAAACAGCAAAAACAAAAACCUUCAAAACAAAAGGAUGAAAAACCAGACACAAAGAAGGAUGGAGAGGGUAAGACUGAGUCAGGAGCYUCUGGUGGAAAGGCAAAACAAGAAGGAUCAGUACCGACUGGAGUUGCUGACAACAAAGAACAACCACAGAAGAGUAAAGCUGAGCUGAAGGCUGAGAGACGAGCAAARCAAGAAGCACAGAGAGCUGCUAAAACUGCACGAAAUGAAGGUGGAAAACCUAGGACUGAUUCAGUACACAGAUCAAUGCAAGURGCACCAAGUCUACAAGUUGAUGAUGCCAAAGUGCAAAAGAAGGUUGCCAAGAAGCUUGCAAGAGAACAGGUUCCCGUACGACCAAUAUCCCAGAAGAAAGUUGGUUUAUUUUCUCACCUGCAUCAGUAUGAAAAAGAUGUAUCUUUAACUCAGGAAUUGAGUCUAGGUACAGURGGGAACAUCCAUCCUUCUAUAGUUAAGCUUGGUGUCCAAUAUGCCAAUGGAAUUAUAUGUGGUUCGAAUGCUAGAUGUAUGGCACUUUUGUUGGCYCUUAAAAAGUUUAUUGCUGAUUACAAUACUCCAGCUCAUAAAGAACUGUCAAGAGACUUAGAGGCAAAGCUGAAACCAAACAUCAGUUUCCUGACCCAGUGUAGGCCCUUAUCAGUAAGCAUGGGUAAUGCUAUCAAGUUUGUCAAGUACAAUAUUACAAGAAUAUCUCCAGAUAUGCCUGAAGACGAGGCCAAAAAAGAGUUAAUYAGGAGAAUUGAUACGUUUCGUAGAGAAAGAAUCAUUCUUGCUGGUGAAGCGAUCUCUAAAACGUUUGCWAAAUGCAAAAUACAUGAUGGUGAUGUAAUUCUKACUUAUGCAUGUUCAUCGUUAGUACUCAAAGUUCUUAAAGAUGCUCAUGAUGCUGGCAAGAAAUUUACAGUAAUAGUAGUUGACUCAAGACCAAAACUUGAAGGUCGUGAGUGUCUGCGGAGACUUGUCAAUCAUGGUAUUAGAUGCUCGUAUGUACAAAUCACYGCAAUGUCGUACGUCAUCAAAGAAGUGUCUAAAGUAUUUCUCGGCGCGCAUGCGCUGUUGGCCAAUGGUUACGUCAAGUCACGUGUUGGGACAUCAAUGAUAGCGCUUAUGGCUAAUGCGUACAACGUGCCAGUUUUGGUUUGCUGUGAGACGUAUAAAUUUAGUGAACGCGUACAAACAGACUCGUUUGUUUCCAAUGAAUUAGGUGAUCCCGAUGAUCUUGUUGCCUUACCAAAGCACCACCAGAGGAACCCUCUCGAAGGAUGGCGGGAUAUCCCCCCUCUUCACCUCCUUAAUUUAGUAUAUGACGUCACUCCACCUAACUUUAUCUCUAUGGUAAUCACCGAAGUAGGAAUGAUCCCCUGUACCUCUGUUCCCGUAGUAUUGCGAGUACAAAAUCCGGAGAUGUAACAACUGCUAUCGUAUAUAUCACCAGUUUACCUAGAAAAUGCUGAGCAUAUGUAUGCCUUACCUGCCUUAUCUAUUUAUUAACCGGUAAUUAUUGCAAAAGGAAAUUAUUUUCAGAACGCUCAUUACAAUCCGAUCUCCACUAUAUUAAACUGAUAUUUUUUCGGGAUCUCAAAUGGCGAAAACACAAUAUAGAUUCAUUGUUAUUCAGGUGACUUAGUGUUUCUUACUGGGUAGCAUGAUAAGGCUCAACGACGCUCAUGGAAGUUGUGAGUUGUAAUACGAGAAAAAUCAUGUCAGAAAAUCACCAGAAUUAGAGGGAGAUCCCCGGGGAGAUGGGAUUUAAAAUUAAUACUAGAGAAAAGGCGUAGAGAUUUAAUUUUAAUGGUAAAUGAGAAGAGUGACAACCUUAAGCAAACCAUUACUAGUAGUGUAGACGAUAUGGGAAGGGAAGAGUGUUCCCUAGGUUCCUAAAUAGUCGCCCUGUUCCGUAUGGGUGCCACAUGAUAGAAUCAUCAGAUUCAUUGCUAUCAUCAUCAUCAUCAUCAUCAUCAUGUCUUCUAACUGAUAAGUAAUCACAAUACGAUUGCAAUCCACACUAAUGAUAAUCUAAAUAGGACUGAAGGGUUUUUUCUUAUGAAAGAUUCUUUAUUUCUGUAUUUACAUGGAAUGUAUUUAGUUCAAUAUGGAGUAAUUUAUUAGUUUUGUAAUACAUGAUUAUGAUAUGCUGUUCUUUUCUUGUGUUGGUUUCAAAUAGACUAGAUUGUACAGAA